GGUGACAGGAAUCUAACAAUUGAGCCAUCCUAGCCAUCUCUCAGGUCUGCAUUAGCAGGAAGCUGGAGUCAAGGCCUGGAGCCAGGGAUUGGAACUGGGCACUCCAGUGUGGGAUGUGGGCAUCCUAAUUGUAGGCCAAAUGCCUGCCCCAUAGCUGCCAUCAUUAUCUCUGUUAAUUAGUGGUUAGUGUAUUUUAUUCUUCCUAUAAGUAAGUAUUGAGUUACUGAAAUGUUGUGUGCUAGAUAUCUGUUAGGUUCUGGUAAUACAGCAGUUCAGGACUCAAGUGUACCUUGAUGGAUUAGUGUAUUAUCCCCAUCGAGUAUUUUACUGUUUAAGGGGCACUCUUUUACAAACUCUUGAAUUUAUAUUGUUAUUAUUUGCACUGUUAUGCUUUCCACAUUCAAAACAUUAGUUGGCUUGUUUAUAUUUUCCUAAAACAUCCAUGUAACUAGAUCUUAAAAUUUAUUUAUAUGUAUUUCACACAAUUUUUAAAAAAAAAAAAAUUCUUGUGAUUUGUUCUUUUGAUAGCUCCCAGUGCUGUGCCUCUGUAUUGCAUUUCUUUUUCUAUCUUGCUUAAGUUUGCCAUAUAUUUGUAUAUAGGUUGUUAAUUUAGGCAAAGAAUUAGCUUUUUCUUAUGUCCAUUUUUUAUUUUGGGAUUGUGGGAGAUGGGAGAGAGGUACGCUAUUCUUGACUCUAUAUUUUUCCUUCAUAGUGCCUUUUUUUAAAAAAUAUUUAUUUAUUUGAAAGACAGUUACAGCGAGAGGUAGAGACACAGAGAGAGGUCUUCCAUCUGCUGGUUCACUCCCCAGUUGGCAACAAUGGCCAGAGCUGCGCUGAUAUGAAGCCAGGAGGCAGAAGCUUCCUCCAGGUCUCCCAUGUGGGUGCAGGGGCCUAAGGACUUGGGCCAUCUUCUGCUACUUUCUCAGGCCAUAGCCGAGAGCUGGAUAGGAAGAGGAGCAUCUGGACUCGAACUGAUGCCCAUAUGGGAUCGCUGGUGCUUCAGGCCAAGGCUUUAACCUGCUGCUGCAUAGUACCCUCAUAAUACCUUUAAAAAAAGAGAUUCUUUUAUGUAUUUAAAAGGCAGAUUUUCAGAGAGAGAGAGAGACAGAGAGAAAGAGAGUGAUUUUCCAUCUACUGGUUCACUCCCCAAAUGGCUGCAAUAACUGGACCAGGCUGAAGUCAGAAGUCAGGAGCUGCAUCUGGGUCUCCAACUUGGGUGUAGGGGCCCAGACACUUGGACAGUCUUCUGCUGCUUUCACAGGCACGUUAGCAAGGAGCAGGAUUGGACGUAGAACAUCAAGGCCUCAUAUGGGAUGCCAGCAUGGCAGAUGGUGGCUUAACCCAUUGUGCCACAGUGCCAGUGCCUUCGUAGUGUCUUUUGUUGGAUUCUAAUUUAUCUAUUUUCCUUCUUUUUAUCUUCAAAUACAUGAAAUUAUGAUUAUAAUUUUAUUCUUACUAAUUUGCCUAAUGUCUGUAAAGUUUGAUACAUAGAAUGCUCAACUGUAUUUUCUAAAUAUAUUUUAAGUUUAAAUGUGACUUUUCCUUUUUUAAAAAAAUAUUUAUUGAGAGGAAGAGAGAGAGAGAGAGAGAAGGAAAGGGAGAGAGAGAGAGAAAUAUGAACCAUUGGUUCACUACCUAAAUGGUUGCAAAGGCCGGGUCUGGGCCAGGCUGAAGCCAGGUUCCUGAAACUCCAUCCAUGUCUCCUAUAUGGGUGACAGGGACCCAAGUAGUUGGGUCAUCAUCUGCUGCCUUCCCAGACACAUUAGCGAAAAGCUUAAUUGGAAGAGGAGCAAGUAGGAUUUGACUGGCAUUCUUUUUUUCUUUUUAAGAUUUUAUUAUUUGAAAAUCAGAGUUAUACAGAGAGAGGAGAGGCAGAAAGAGAGAGGUCUUCCAUCUGCUGGUUCACUCCCCAAUUGGCAAAAAUGGCUGGAGCUGUGCUGAUCCAAAGUCAGGAGCCAGAAGUUUCUUCCAGGUCUCCCAUGUGGGUGCAGGUGCCCAAGGACUUGGACCAUCUUCCGCUGCUUUCCCAGGCUCAUUACUGGGAGCUGGGUCAGAAGUGGAGCAACUGUGAUAAGAACCUUCACCUGGGGCUGGUGCUGUGGCACAGUGGGUUAAAGCCCUGGCCUGGGGUGCAGGUAUCCCAUAUGGGUGCUGGUUCUGGUCCUGGCUGCUCCUCUUCUGAUCCAGCUCUCUGUUAUGGCCUGGGAAGGCAGUGGAGGAUGGGGCAAAUCCUUGGGCCUCUGCACCCAUGUGAAAGACCUGGAAGAAGCUCCUGGCUCCUGGCUUUGGAUUGGUGCAGCUAUGGCCAUUGUGGCCAUCUGAGGAGUGAACUAACAGAUGUAAGACUCUCUGUCUCUACCCCUCUCUGUAACUCUAACUUUCAAAUAAAUGAAAUAAAUCUUAAAAAAAAAAGAAACAAAAAACAAUAAAAACAAAAACAAAAGAACCUGCAUCCAUAUGGGUUGUUGGCAUCUCAGGCCUUGGCUUGACUCACUUCCCCACAAUGCUGCAUAACCCCACUCCGCCCGUCCCCACCCCUCACCCCACAGCUUGACAGGUUUUGAGAACUUUGAAUUGUUUGGUGUCUUCCAGAUCACAUGGUUUGUGUGAGAGAAGCUUUGUGCUGUGCAGAAUGAUGAAACUAAAGACAUGGGCAGGAAGUCCGGAGGGGAAGGCCCUCUGCAGAGUGUUACACACCUGGAGUUGCCCUAAGUCAUUUAUGCUCUUGUUCUCUUUAAAUCCUUGGUGGUGAACAUAGUGCCCAGUAAGGGAGAGUUAGCAAAUGCUUAAUGAGUGAAUAGAGACAAGAAAGGAACAUAUUAUCAAAACAUCUAUUUAAAAUUAAAUUCAAGUGAUAGUUAACAUUUCUAUUAAGGAAUGUGAAGGGAUUUGUUCCAGAGUUCAUUUUGUCAGAUUUCCUAACAUCUUUAUAAAAUACUGAAAUGAAUUUUGAAAACCUUUCUUUUCAGUAUUUUGAAAUGUUGAGGUUAUUCUGCAUUUAGAUGAUGAGUUUUUAAAUUUCAAUUGAUCUUUAUAGUCUCCUUUGUUGUUCUUGACCUGACUGAGCAGGUAGUCUGGGUAUUGUUCCUGAAACUAACAAAGAUACUCAAACUCUUCAGAGGUGGGUAAGUAUUGUAGUUACCCUUCCCUCUAUUUCUCCACAGACUGGUUUCUUUGAGUUUCCCAGAGCCACAAGACAGGAAGCCUUUUCUUUCAUGUUUUCUUAUUUAAUUUAGUGGAAAGAGUUAUUUUUUAAUAACCUUGAAAAGGGUAAACCAUGUUUUCUAUUUUUCUCUCUUUCCCAUAAUAUCAACUUCCUUCACUUGAGCUUAGCCAAAAGGCUGAGAAGCAUCCUUCUAGGACUGAUAAUAUACAUCCUAGGUAGAGCUCUCUCAGAAGGCCAUGGUAUUUAUCCAUGGAUAUUAUGGGUAUCUUUCAGAUGUUUUUUAUUUGGGGAUAUAAAUGAGAACUAUGUCAGGGGAUCUCUCUGCAUGCCUGGCAUGUGGAGAUCCAUCAGGUUUUCUAAAUCAAGGCCACAUAUACUAUAAGACAUUAAACUAUAGAAGACUCUGAGCCCAUUGUAAUCCAUAAGCCGUACUUUGGAAAUUUAUAUUCAUUAAAUAAAAGUUAAAAAAAUAAAGAAGACGGCUCUGAGGGUAUUUUGGUUAAUCUAUCAUAGAUGAGAGAAGUGAGGCAUAGAGAACUUCAGAGGGUUCUUAACAAUGAUACAACUAGUUAGUGAUGGAAUUCAUGUUCCUUUUCAGUCUAGAGAUUUUUCCUUUAUACCUUACUUCUCAGUUUUUGAGGGUUGAUCACUGUUUAUUUUCAAAAAUCAAAAAUAGCACCAGCACAGUCCUGAGCUUUAUGCCCUUGAGUUUCAUUACAUCAACAUAUGAUGUUCAGCUGCUUGGUGUCCUGUAGAACCGCUUAUAACCCCCUGCUUGUGGUAACUGAAGUAGUGGAGAAUGGGGGAGAUUGUGUCAGGGCACUUUGCAGAUCCUCUGAUGAAUGUGUGUUUUUUCCUUACCAGAUGCAUUUCACUGGUCACAGCCAGCAGGUGAAUCCAGCAAAUCAUUCGCAGGUCACAGCAUUUGUCCUCCUGGGGCUCUCUCAGGUAUGGGAGCUGCGGUGCUUCUUCUUCAUUGUCUUCUGUGCUGUAUAUCUUGUGACUGUAACUGGAAAUCUUCUUAUUGUGGCCAUCGUGACCUCUGACCCACAUCUGCACACAACCAUGUAUUUUCUCUUAGGUAAUCUUUCUUUCCUGGACUUUUGCUACUCUUCCAUCACGGCGCCCAGGAUGCUGGUUGACUUGCUCUCGGGCAGCCCCAGCAUUUCCUUUGGUGCCUGCCUGACUCAGCUCUUUUUCUUCCACUUCAUUGGUGGCAUCAAGAUCUUCCUGCUGACCGUCAUGGCAUAUGACCGCUAUGUUGCCAUUUCCCAACCACUGCGCUACACAUUCAUUAUGAAUCAGACAGUCUGUGGGCUCCUCAUGGCAGCCUCCUGGGUGGGAGGCUUCAUCCACUCCAUUGUACAGGUUGUAUUGACUAUCCAGCUGCCAUUCUGUGGGCCCGACAAGCUGGACAACUUUUAUUGUGAUGUGCCUCAGUUAAUCAAAUUGGCCUGCACGGAUACUUUCAUCUUAGAGCUUCUAAUGGUGUCUAACAAUGGCUUGGUGACCUUGAUGUGUUUCCUGGUGUUGCUGGGAUCCUACACAGCACUGCUGGUCAUGCUCCGAAGCCACUCACGGGAGGGUCGUAGCAAGGCGCUGUCAACCUGCGCCUCUCACAUUGCCGUGGUCACCUUAAUCUUUGUGCCCUGCAUAUACAUCUAUGCAAGGCCUUUUCGGACAUUCUCCAUGGACAAAGCAGUCUCUGUGCUGUAUACAAUGGUUACCCCCAUGCUGAAUCCUGCCAUCUACACCCUGAGAAACAAGGAAGUGAUCAUGGCCAUGAAGAAGCUGUGGAGGAGGCAGAAGGACUUUCUCGGUCCCUAGAGCAUUGACCCCAAGCUGGAAUGUGGGACGAGUGUCCAGAACUGCUCCCAAGUGCCUGCUGGAGAAAAAGUUUUGAGUGCUGUAUAAAAGUAGUGUUUGGCUCACAGAGCACCUUCCCAGGUGAGUAUUCUGUUGGCCAAGCUGAGAAAGUUCCAACUGCAGAAUGCAUAAAGGUGGUAAACUUAGGGUUUCUUUUCUUUUUAUUUUUUAUUUUUUUUUAUUUUUUGACAGGCAGAGUGGACAGUG